CACUCGCACGCCCCUCGCCGCCGCGCCUAGGGUUUCACGCGACGAAGGUAGGAAGCUUGGAGGGGCCAUGGAGAAGUACGAGAAGCUGGAGAAGGUCGGGGAAGGGACGUACGGGAAGGUGUACAAGGCGCAGGACAGGGCGACGGGGCAGCUGGUGGCGCUGAAGAAGACGCGGCUGGAGAUGGACGAGGAGGGGAUCCCGCCCACCGCGCUGCGGGAGAUCUCCCUCCUCCGCCUCCUCUCCCAGUCCGUCUACGUCGUCCGCCUCCUCUCCGUCGAGCAGGCCACCAAGAACGGCAAGCCCGUGCUCUACCUCGUCUUCGAGUUCCUCGACACCGACCUCAAGAAGUUCGUCGACGCCUUCCGCAAGGGGCCCAACCCACGCCCGCUCCCCACCAACGUCAUCAAGAACUUCUUGUAUCAGUUAUGCAAAGGAGUUGCACAUUGCCACAGCCAUGGUGUCCUUCACCGCGAUUUAAAGCCACAAAACCUGUUGGUUGACAAGGAAAAGGGGAUACUGAAAAUUGCAGAUCUUGGGCUAGGGAGGGCGUUCACUGUUCCUAUGAAAAGCUACACACAUGAGAUUGUGACUCUUUGGUAUAGAGCUCCUGAAGUUUUGCUUGGAUCAACACAUUACUCAACCGGUGUUGACAUCUGGUCCGUUGGAUGCAUCUUCGCUGAAAUGGUCAGAAGACAAGCACUUUUUCCAGGUGACUCUGAGUUGCAACAGUUGCUUCACAUUUUCAGGUUGCUCGGAACUCCUAAUGAGGAGCAGUGGCCCGGAGUAACUGAUUUGAGGGACUGGCAUGAGUUUCCCCAGUGGAAGCCACAGAGUUUGGAACGUUCUGUUCCAUCACUAGAACCUGAAGGAGUGGACCUAUUAUCGAAAAUGCUCCAGUAUGAUCCGGCAAAUCGGAUCUCAGCAAAGUCUGCAAUGGAGCAUCCCUACUUUGACAGCCUCGACAAGUCUCAGUUCUAAGUAUGCCGUGUGAUUGACAAAGUCCCUGUUCUGUUGUGUCAUUUGAUUCUGAACGUGUUGCUGUCUACUUUGUGAUCCAACAAGGAAAUGUGUUUGCCAUCUAGGCAACUUGAACACAUUUUGAAUGUAAAAUGGGUAUGUUUUUCUAUGCCAUGGCAUAUAUGUAUUAUUAUGGACAAGAAGGUUGCAAUAUAUUAUUUGCAUGUUUAGCUUUUACA